AAUUGCUGAAAAUGACGUCCUGUGACGAGAAGAAAGCGCUGCCCCCGGCUGACUUCUCUCUGGGAGGAGCCUCGCCGCACGACAUCGCACGGAUCAAGGAACAAAUCCUGGAGGGAAACCAGAAGCGUCGGAAGAUCGUGAUCGGAGUGACCUGCGGUGUGCUGGCCGUGCUGAUCGUUCUCGGCAUCCUGCUUGGCGUUUACCUGAACCAUGACACCAUGAAGUCGCGACAUCUGAAGUUCCGCGACGGAAACAAGCUGUACUGGGAGACCGUCGAGACCGACGAAGACGAGGGUACAGACACGUUCUACACAGAGGGCGGCAACGGAGCGGCGGCCGUCAUGUUCGACCACAAGAAGGAACUGAAGGCUUACAAGUUUUCUGGGCGAGACAUCUGCUACAUCGUGCCCGAGGAGAAAGGAGAGGACGAGAAGGUGAAGGAGGUGGCGAAGGAGCUGCAGAACAUACAGGAGGGCUCGACUGAAGAUGUGAAGAACGGCGGCCGCAGGAAGAUGGCCCUGGACGAGUCCCGUCCGGAGACUCCCGAGCUGAGUGAGGCUAUGGGGCUCUUCUGCGGCGACCUGGAGCCCCGCUGGGCUACCAUCGAGCUGCCGGACAAUGACGAUGCAAGUAGCGACAUCGUGCUGAUCGCUCCCGGUACGUUUGGAAGAACUGUUUGGUCGAUUGCGGACACUUCUGGCGAGCAGAAGAGCCGUGUGAAGCGGGGAUGGUGGGGCCGCCGCCGCCGCCGUCGCUCCUUCAGCGGGAGCGUUUAUGGCGGCUAUAACGGGGGCUGGUAUGUGGGCGUUUCGAUCAGCUGGAGCUGGUAA